AUGACGUUCAGCGAAAGCUCCGUAAUUUGGUAUUUACGAUACUUUGGCCUACCAUUAUCCUUAGGAAUGGUGAUUUAUAAACUGUUAAAUAAAUCAUCUUUGUGGAAUCGAAAAGUUACGCUACAAGGAAAGGUAGUAGUUAUUACUGGAGCAAGUUCUGGAAUUGGGGAAGCACUAGCUCAUGUUUUCUAUGAUCAGGGAUGUAGAGUAGUACUUGCAUCACGAAGAAAGUCAGAACUUGAAAGAGUGAAACAAGAUCUAAUGUCAAAGAAAAUUGCCUCCAGUAUAGAACCUAUUGUGUUGGAAUUAGACCUUGCUGAUCUAGAUAAUUUAGAAACAUUUAUCAAUAAGGUUUAUGAUACAGUUAGCCAUAUUGAUAUAUUAAUUAAUAAUGGUGGAGUUUCUCAUCGUGGCUCAAUAUUACAUACAAAACUUGAAGUAUUCAAACAAAUCAUGUACAUAAACUACUUUGGAUCUGUUGCCUUAACAAAAGCUGCUCUACCAAAGAUGGUUGAACGGAAAUGUGGUCAUAUAGUUUUUGUUAGUUCUGUGCAAGGAUUAAUAGGUUUACCAGACCGCUCUGCUUAUGCUGCAUCAAAACAUGCCAUGCAGGCAUUUGCUGACUCUUUACGUGCUGAAAUGAAACAACACAACAUAGAUGUAUCUGUGAUAAGUCCAGGAUAUGUUAAAACUUCUGUUUCUCUCAAUGCUCUCACUGGGACUGGUGAGCGACAUGGAGUUAUGGACAAGAGCACUGCAGCUGGCUUUACCCCAGAAUAUGUUGCUUCGAAGAUUUUGGACACAGUUGUAAAUAAAGACAAUGAACUAAUAAUUUCUCAGUUUAUAGGACAUUUUGCUAUUUUUGUACGACGAACUUUACCGUCAUUAUAUUUUUAUUUGACUGCAAAAAGAGCUACUAAAACUUCAUAA